CGUUUCGGUUUUUUUUUUAAAUUUAAAUUAAUUUUUAUUAUUUUUUUUUUACAUUUUUUUUCGUCACACCCCCCCCUUCCUUCCCCUCCUCGCAGAUCUGCAGAAUAUGGCGUCCCCGUCCUAGCGUUUUAAAAAUAAGCCGGGGCUGCCAUUUUUGUUUUCCUUUUGUCUGCGAAUUUUAAUAAAACCGUCUGAGAAUGUGGGAGAGGCGGCGGAUGAAGGGGGGGGGAAGCUCCCGGCCGGGCCAAACCCCCCCCCUAAACCCCCCCUUCCAUACCCAUCCCCCGGCCUUUUUGUCUGCAAAAAAAAAAGGCCACCCCCCCCCCCAUCUCCCCUCCCAGGUCGAGGAUUUCAACUUCACUUAACGCCAAACUUCGCCUUUUUUCCACCUCUUUUUUUUUUUUUUAUUGUUAUUAUUUUAUUUUUACACUCUCCACCCCACCCCCCCCACCCCGCUUUGCCGAGGAGGACGAAGGAAAAGUGGGGGGGAAAGAGAAAAAAAGGGGAGAAAAAAGGGGGGGAACAUCCAGGAAAAUACCCGUUUCGCUGGAUUUUCUCUUUUUCUCUCCCUCUGGAUGGUCUAAUGGAAAAGUUAAUUGCAGCUGAACGUACCUAUUUUUGUGGAUGUUGCAUGUUUGGGGGGGAGGUUUGCUUUUUUAUUUAUUCAUGGCUUUUUUUUUUCUUUACGCAGGGGGUGGCGGAAGAAGCGCGGGGGGGGGGGUUGGUUAUUAUUACUAUUAUUACCAUUUUUAUUCCUUUCCCCCCCUCUUUUUUUUUUCUUUUUUUUUUUUUUCCUUCCUUUCCUCUCUUUCCGCAUUAACCGGUUUUGUCUAGAAAGUGGUCUCGCUGGCUGGAAGGUCUAACGGGGGAAUAUUUUUGCAUCGCGCUUUGGCAGGAAUGCGGCAGCCUUAGCGAGGGACCCAAAUUUCCGUGGCGGUGCUUAGAGAGGUCUGUCUGUCUGCCUGGACGUAUAUUUAGCCAUAUACUAUUUAUACAUCCAUAAUCUCCCGGCCACGUCGGGGGCCCCGGGGGGGAGCUUAGAGCCGGCGUGGCUGCGGUGAAGCCGGACGAAGAUGCUUUUUAACCCAGGAAUGAUUAAUUUGCAGAUUUUUAUUUCGUUUUCUCCAGCAAAUUCCCUGCAAGGUCGGAGGAUGCUCCUUGUUUGGUUUUCUUUUUUUCCCUGGUCCCACGGUCCUUCGGACAUCAGCUGGGAUUUUUAAUCUGGGGAGGAUGGAGCAGGCAACAGCGGCUUCAAGCCCGAGGCCUUUGAGAUUAUAAAGUGAUAUUUUAGCAGAGAGGUAAAAAAGUUUUUCGUCCCUCCCGGCGUGCAAUUUGCUGAGAGGCGGAGGGUCCGGGGCGAGGGGAUGGAUUUCAGCCCCGAUUUUCCAGCCAGCUCCCCAUCCCUUGGCUUUGCAGGCAGCUUGGGGGUGAGCUGGGCUAAAAAAAAGAAAAACCACAUUGCUUUUUUUUUUUUCUUUUUCUUUUUUUUUUUUUUUCUCCUAUUUUCAGGAAAAACCCCAAGUUCCCACGGGUCGGAAAAACGCCCCGCGUGCAGCACCCGGUCUCAGCUAGAGCUGGAGAUGGACGCGGAUAAGGGGAAGCAACGCCAGUACUCGCAGAGGAUGGCGGAGCCUCGCUUCAACAACCCCUACUUCUGGCCACCCCCCCCAACCAUGCCCAGCCAGCUGGACAACCUGGUCCUGAUCAACAAAAUCAAGGAGCAGUUGAUGGCGGAGAAGAUCCGACCCCCGCACUUGCCCCCCACCUCGGUGGCCUCCCAGCAGCCCCUCCUGGUGCCCCCUUCACCCGCCGAAAGCAGCCAGUCCAUCAUGUCCCUCCCCAAACUGCAGCAGGUCCCGGGUCUCCACCCUCAAGCCGUCCCCCAGCCCGAUGUGGCCCUGCACGCCCGACCAGCCACCAGCACCGUCACAGGGUUGGGGCUGGCGUCCCGCGCGCCGGUGGUCAGCACCUCAGAAUCCAGCACGGGGACGGGGACCAACCCAUCGACUCCCACCUCCACCAGCCAGAGCCGCCUCAUCGCCUCCUCGCCCACCCUAAUCUCAGGAAUCACCAGCCCCCCCCUCCUCGACUCCAUAAAGACAAUCCAGGGCCACGGCUUGCUGGGGGCACCCAAGGCCGAACGGGGCCGUAAGAAGAUCAAGGCAGAAAAUCCCUCAGGACCGCCGGUCCUGGUGGUGCCCUAUCCCAUCCUGGCCUCGGGGGAGACGGCCAAAGAGGGAAGACAUACAGGUAGGUGUAAGGUCUGCCCCUUGACGUUCUUCACCAAGUCGGAGAUGCAGAUCCACUCCAAGUCGCACACAGAGGCCAAGCCCCACAAGUGCCCCCAUUGCUCCAAAUCCUUCGCCAACGCUUCCUACCUGGCCCAGCACCUGCGCAUCCACCUGGGCGUCAAACCCUACCACUGCUCCUACUGCGAGAAGUCCUUCCGCCAGCUGUCCCACCUCCAGCAGCACACCAGAAUCCACACCGGUGACAGACCCUACAAGUGCCCGCACCCCGGCUGCGAAAAGGCCUUCACGCAACUCUCCAACCUCCAGUCCCACCAGCGACAGCACAACAAGGACAAGCCCUACAAGUGCCCCAACUGCUACCGGGCGUACACGGACUCGGCCUCGCUGCAGAUCCACCUCUCGGCUCACGCCAUCAAGCACGCCAAGGCCUACUGCUGCAGCAUGUGCGGCCGCGCCUAUACCUCGGAGACCUAUUUGAUGAAGCACAUGUCCAAACACACCGUGGUGGAGCACCUCGUCAGCCAGCACUCGCCGCAGAGGACAGAGUCACCUGGCAUUCCCGUACGGAUCUCCCUCAUCUAACCGGGGAAUUGGGGAGGGGGGGACACCCCCACGCAGAGGAGGAGGAGGAGGAGGAGGAAGAAGCAGACUCACCCGCAGCACCCCAGCCCUGGCCGGGAGCCCAGCGGGACGUGCCCGGGGCUGUGUCCCCCCCUCGCUCCGGGUCCCCGCAGGUUUGGUGACAUCCAAAGACGGUUUCAGAGCACUUUGAAUCUCGGCGGUUUGGUUUAUUUUGGAGGGGGGGGAUGACACCGGCGGACUGGGGGGGGAUGUUUCUCCUCCUCCUGCGAGUCCCUGCCCCCUCUCCUCUCAUUUUUUGGAUACAAAUAUAUAUAUAUAUUUAUUGGCCAAGAAGUUGGUGCUGCUAAAAAAAAAAAAACAGAAAUAAGACCCAAAACGAAC